CUCGCCUGCCUGCCUGCCUGCCCGCUUUCAUGUUGUUGCUGGAAACCAGACCCUUCCAACCCACUUUCCCCGUUUGCUUUCUGCUUCGCACCGGCUCCAGAGAGAGAGAGAGAGAGAGAGAGCGCGCGAGCUGGAAGCCACAACCGGGAGGCGUGGAAGCGGGGCUUCACUUCUCCUCCUCCUUUGCAUAAGGGAGAGGAAAGGAGCCGGUAGGAGCCGGAACGAGCGCGGCUCCCCUUCUCCAGCCGCCGGAUUUACCUGACAUCUUCCUGUACGGAAUACAAUGAACAAAAUGAAAACUUUCAAGCGGCGUUUUUCCCUUUCGGUUCCUCGGACAGAGACAAUUGAGGAAUCACUGGCAGAGUUUACAGAGCAGUUCAACCAGCUCAACAACAGAAAGAAUGAAGAUAUAGCACAAGGACAACUGAACCUGGGUCAUCUGAACAAGGAUAUCAAGACACAGCCUAGCUCUUUUUCACCUGUGGAAGGCCAGUCCCAAAUGGAAGUGCAUUACCGAAAUGGCAACCAACGGCGGUUUUCUAUGGAGGAUGUCAGCAAGCGCCUCUCUCUGUCCAUGGAUAUUCGCCUUCCCCCAGAGUUCCUCCAGAAGCUGGAGAGGGAAAGUCCAGAGAUGUCUAAGCCUCUAACCAGAAUGUCUCGGCGGGCAUCACUUUCAGACAUCGGGUUUGGGAAGAUGGAGACCUAUGUUAAGCUUGAGAAGCUGGGGGAGGGCACCUAUGCCACUGUCUUUAAAGGGCGCAGUAAGCUCACCAAGAACCUGGUUGCUCUAAAAGAAAUCCGGCUGGAGCAUGAAGAAGGAGCCCCUUGCACAGCUAUCCGAGAAGUUUCCUUACUGAAGAAUCUGAAGCAUGCAAAUAUUGUGACCCUCCAUGACAUCAUCCACACAAAAUGUGCCCUCACUCUUGUCUUUGAGUAUCUGGACAGUGACCUGAAGCAGUAUCUGGAUAGCUGUGGAAACCUGAUGAGCAUGCACAAUGUGAAGAUCUUCAUGUUCCAGCUGCUGCGUGGGUUGUCCUAUUGCCACCAGCUUAAGAUCCUACAUAGGGAUCUGAAGCCACAAAAUCUGCUUAUUAAUGGAAAGGGAGAACUGAAGCUCGCUGACUUUGGUCUAGCCAGAGCCAAGUCUGUCCCUACAAAAACAUAUUCCAACGAAGUGGUCACAUUGUGGUAUCGACCUCCUGAUGUUCUUCUAGGAUCUACAGAGUACUCCACUCCCAUUGACAUGUGGGGUGUGGGUUGCAUACACUAUGAAAUGGUUACAGGGCGCCCCAUGUUUCCAGGAUCUACUGUGAAAGAGGAGCUACAUUUAAUAUUCAGGAUAUUGGGCACCCCUACAGAAGAAACUUGGCCUGGCAUCACAUCUAAUGAGGAAUUCAAGACAUAUAAUUUUACACAUCACCGAGCCCAGCCAUUGAUAAAUCAUGUGCCAAGACUAGAUACAGAAGGGAUCGACCUAUUGUCAAGUCUCCUCCUGUAUGAAGCCAAACAACGCAUUUCGGCUGAGGCAGCCUUGAGGCACCCGUACUUCAUGGCCCUGGGCGAACACGUGCACCUUCUUCCUGAGACUGCCUCCAUCUUUUCUCUAAAGGAAAUACAGCUUCAAAAGGAUCCAGGUUACAGAGGUUCAAACUUCCAGCACUCAGCUCGAGGAAAGAACAGGAGGCAAAGCAUAUUUUAAACCCAUUUACUCAUUCAGUGCAUUGUUGGGGACAUCAAAAGCACUGAGAGGGAGAGGACCUUAUAGAUCCCAUCAAGCUCAUCCUCAGAAUGAUGAUGGCUGGUACGCACAGUACAGGAUCUGCUUUGCAGUCCCACUAUCUUUCAUGAGCCCAAAUAAAAAAUGACCUGCUGCUUGGUUUGGGCUCCCAUUCUUCAUACAGUAAUUGCUGGGCAACAAUCUUCAUCAAGCAAUCAUCUACCAGGCGUGUGGUCCUAUAACAUGGACAUGUGCGAUCCACUGCUUUUGAGGGAAGCAAAAUGGCGGCAACAAGCAAGGAUUUCACUGCAGAAUCAACACCUUCUUUGCUUCUUAGAUGUCAUGCCAUGACAGAUGUGUUUGUUUUCCCCAUCAUGUGAUGACUCCUAGGACAACAUGCAGACAAGAUGGGUAGGAUACUAACAGAAGGAAACCUCUUUGAGCCACUCAUAUGCUGGGUUUUCUACUUUUAAACUGUUCUUCGAAAAUGAAUUUUAUUUCUGAAGGUAAUAAACAUUUAGGGUAGUGAAUAGAGUGGGGAGGCCAUUUGCUGAAUUUUCUUGGCAUUCUCAUUCCAGUGUUUGUUUUCUGAACUCAAGCUGCUAUAAAGGAAAUCCAGAAUUUGUCUUUCUCGCAGGUGGGUUUCAGAUUGUAGGCCAUGAGCAGCAUCAUGUAUUUAUCAGAUUCAUACUCAGAAUGUCUGUUUAAUUCAAUCCAAGAGUUAUUCAACAAAAACUAAAUAAAUUGAUGCACUUUCUCUGAAAAAGCUGACAUCCAAGUAACUCAAGAA